AAUUAAAUGAUGGCUGCAAGAGGAGACAGAGGAGUAUCAAGAGUACUUGAUAAGUUAGAAGCAUCUGUAAACUCUGGUCAUUACUAUGAGGCGCAUCAAAUGUAUAGAACUCUUUAUUUCAGAUAUCUAAGUCAAAAAAAGUAUGAAGACCUAUUAAAUCUAUUGAACAAAGGUUCGACGUUGUUGCUACAACGUGAUCAGCAAGAGAGUGGAGCAGACUUGGCAAUAUUACUCAUAGAUGUGUUGAAUAAAUCAGAAACGAAACCAUGCCACGAAUGGAUUGAGAAACUAGCUAAAUUAUUUGAAUUAAUGAGUGCUAGUAUGCCCGAGAGGGAGUCUUUUCUAACCAAUGCUGUCAAAUGGUCUAUGGAUAAUAACAAAAAAGGUCAUCCACUACUUCACCAGAGAAUCGCUGAAGUGUAUUGGAAGGAAAAAAAAUAUGCAGCUGCUCAUAGACAUUUCUUGCACUCAUGUGAUGGAGCUGCCUAUGCCAGUAUGCUAGUUGAGCUUCACACAACAAAAGGAUUAAAAUCUGAAAUAGAUUUGUUUAUAGCACAGCCAGUAUUGCAAAUUCUUUGUCUGCGCAACAUACAAAUGGCUACAGACACAUUUAACAAAUACACAGGCCUACACCCUACGAUAAACAAUAACAAAGGGCCUCCUUACAUAUUUCCAUUACUUAAUUUUUUGUGGUUUCUAUUACGUGCUAUUGAACAGAAACAUUCUAAUCAGUUUAAAAUUUUAAGAAAUUGGUAUGCAAUAAGUAUUAAAAGGGAUCCCAACUAUUCAGUGUAUUUAGACAACAUUGGACGCAUUUGGUUUGGUAUAGAAAUACCACCAGACAACAAACACGGUGGUUCACUAUUUGGAGGGCUUUUGAAGUCAAUAAUAGGUGAAGCUGAUAGUUCUGAUGAUGAUGGAGACUAUGUAUCAAGAAAUACUGCUGCCCCUGAAUUGGAUUAAAUCCACAAAAAAAAAUCAGUUAAACAUUUAAUUUUAUGAUUUUAUUGUGAGUUUAAUGUCUGAGG